AUGGCUGACGCCGGCGGCACCGUCCCCGUUCUUCCCUGCAACGACGGCAUUUGCAUGAUGUGCAAGCAGACGCCGUCGCCGGAGGAGAUUCUCCACUGCAAGACGUGCACCUCCCCCUGGCACGUGUCCUGCCUCCCCUUCCAGCCCCACACUGUGGCCGAGGCUCUGGACUGGGAGUGUCCGGACUGUGCUGCUCCGGCUGAGGAGUCGUCUGGUCACGUGAAUUCUGUCGGUGACAUCGGAGGAGACGGAGGUCUGGUUGCGGCGAUUAAAGCUUUAGAGGCGGACGAGUCAUUGACGGAGAGCGAGAAGGCGAGGAAACGACAGGCGCUGCUGUCCAAAACAGCGUCGGUGCCGUCCGAUGACGAGACGAAGAUGAACGGUGGUAAUGACGACGCACUGAAGCGGAGGUUUCGCUGCACCAUCUGCAUGGGAAUUCCUGAGAGACCUGUUACGACACCAUGCGGCCAUAAUUUCUGCCUGAAAUGCUACAACAAACACGUUGCAGAAUGCAAACGAAAAGGAGGAAAACUACAAUGUGCAAAUUGCCGCGGAACGAUUACAGAGCAUCUGAAAAUCAACGAGAUUCUGGUGAGGGCGAUACGUAGGGCGAUAGUAGACAGAACCCAGGUCGCAGGGGACAGCCAAAGCCGCGUGGUCCAUUACCUUCACAACCAGGACCGUCCGGACCGAGCUUUCAGAACCGAGAGGGCUAAGAAGGCUGGAAAUGCCAAUGCCUCGGCCGGAAGAGUCUUCGUAACGGUUCCUAAGGACCAUUUCGGGCCCAUAACGGCCGAGCAUGACCCGGAGAGGAAUGAGGGUGUACUGGUGGGGAGGACAUGGGAGAAUCGACUGGAAUGCGUGCAAUGGGGCGUUCAUCGGGCCCCCGUUGCUGGGAUUUGCGGGCAGAGUAAUCAUGGCGCUCAGUCUAUUGUGCUGUCCGGCGGUUACGAAGACGAUGAGGAUCACGGGGAGUGGUUCAUUUACACCGGAUGCGGUGGAAAAGAUUUAGGAGGAAAUAAGCGGACGAAUAAAGAGCACAGUAGUGACCAGAAGUUUGUUUACAGGAAUGAGUCGCUGAGGAUAAGUUGCCGGAUGGGUUAUCCCGUGCGAGUAGUCAGAACCCACAAGGACGAGAGGUCAUCAUAUGCGCCUAGAGAAAAAGGAUUGCGAUACGAUGGGAUCUACAGAAUUGAGAAAUGUUGGCUGAAGAAGGGAGCCCAGGGUUUCAAGGUAUGCAGAUAUCUUUUCGUGAGGUGUGAAAAUGAGCCUGCCCCUUGGACAUGUGAUGUUCUUGGGGACCGUCCGAGGCCUCUACCAGCUAUCAAGGAGUUGAAAGAUGCAACUGAUAUAACAGAAAGAGAAGGAUCUCCGUCAUGGGACUACGAUGAGGAGAAGGAGUGCUGGAUGUGGAAAAAGCCUCCACCACCUAGCAAGCAACGAGUUAAGGAUAGCGGGGUUAUAGAGGACGGGAAGAAAGUGAGAGUGAAGAGAGUUUAUUGCCGGAGACAGAACAUGGAAGAAGAGAUUCGGACUGAGUUUGGCUGCCAUAUAUGUAAAAAGGUUUUGACUUCCCCAGUUACGACACCAUGUGCUCAUAACUUCUGCAAAGCUUGCUUGGAAGGUGCCUUUGCUGGUAUGAGUCAUAUAAAAGAGAGGACCUGCCAAGGUAGAAGAACACUGCGACCACGGAAGAAUCUCAUGAAUUGCCCGCUAUGUUCAACUGACAUAGCUGAGUUUCUCCAAAAUCUAGAGGUAAAUACGGACCUUAUGAAUGCUAUAGAAGAAAUGCAGCAAAAAUUGAAAGAUAUGGAAGAGGAAAAGAGAGAUGAAGAAGUAGAAGCUCAGGAAUCGGGAGAAAUUGACAAUGCUGGAAAAGAGACUGUGGAUGAAGCCAAAGAAAGCAUCUCACCAGCACCCGAGACUACCGAAACUACACCGCAACAAGCUUGUGAGAAAAAACCAACUCGUAAGCGAAAGAUGUCGAACAACACCGAAAUUGUGGUAUGCUGGGGUAGCAGUGAGGAGCAAGAAAGGUAAAAUGGCAGUGGCAGCGGCAGCGGCAGUCUGAUUGAUUCAUGAUCAAGUUUCUCCUCGUG